AUGACUUCGAGCAGUAUUUCCAUCUACCAGCAGCACGCGGCCAAGCUGCUCUCGCGAAAGAGCGUUGUGCUGGGCAUUCCCAUCGCCGCCGGCUCCAUAAUCUUGUUCUUGCAAUGGCGGAAGCGUAAGUCGCUGAAGCCGAAGCCGAAGCCGAAAUCGAAGCAGCCGGAGUCCGAGAGGAAGGAAAAUAAGGUUGAGGAGACGCGGACGAACGGUUCCAACGGCAAGGCGACACCCAGUGCUGUUGAGGAGAAGAUCACAUCUGAGGCGUCGGCGCAAAACGGCUCCGCGGCCGCGCCUGCACCACCGCCAGCGUACAGCAGCGAAUCGUACGCCGCAGUCGCAGCAGUCCCCCCGCUGGCAUCCACUGCUGCUGCACCAUCAUCAUCGCCGCCGCCAUACUCGCCCAUUAGCGCCAAGCACUCGCAGGAUGAUUCCGACGAUCAGCGUGUGACUGGCUUCGCGUACGCCAAGCGGCCGCGACUCGGUCGCGGUCGGUCGGUCGAAAAGUUUGCAUCGUACGAGCCGCUGAGAAAGGCGUCGGCAGAAAAGAGGGAGCAGGAGGAGAAGCUGAGGAUCAAGGAAGAGGACGACAAGGCCGCCGCUGCCGCCGUCGCUGCGUUCAGCCCGCCAGCUGCUGCCGCUGCUGUUCCCGAGCCUGAGCUUGCGCCUAUCUCUGCGCCUGCUCUCGCGGAUGAAGAUGUGCCGCCUGAAGCGCCCAUUUCUGCUCCUGAACCUGAACCCGAGGCCGCACCGGCUGAGGCUGAUGUCGCUCCCGAGGCGACAUUCGAGGUUAAGGUGAACGGCUGGCACCACGACGAUGAGGAGCCGCUAGUGAUUGAAGAGCGGCUUCGCGAUUUGCGCAGGUCCUCGAUCAUCGCCACCUUUGAGAUUACCACCACGAGCGAGCCUGCCAAUCUGUCGCCGUUCGGCUCCGCCUUCGACACGUCGCGCCGUCCGUCCGUCGUGACCACCAUCAGCGCCGAGCCGGUCAUCGACGAGGAAGAUGAAGAAGAAGACAAGGAGGCCGAGCAAACCCCCUCUUUCCCGCCACGACGCGAGUCCGUCACCGUCGAGACUGCCAUCGAGAUCGCCGAAGCUUGGUCGACCAAUGGUAUGAACGGCACCAUCCACGAAGACGACGAAUUCCCGGCGCAUGGUGUCUCGACCGUCAUCUCCGGCCCUAUCCCAGUAAAUUCUGCCCCGCAAGAAGAUUACGACGAUGACGAGGAGUGGGCGCCCGAGGAUCCCGUCCGUGAGCCUGCUUCCACUGCAUUGGCGAAGGCGAUGGAUACUGAGGUGCAGGGUGAUGAGGAGUCCAAGCGUACUGAUAGCCCAUUGGCGAGCAAGCCAGUCGUCGUGUCUGCUGCUGUCGGCGUUCCAGCGCCCCAGUCGGCUAUCGUCGAGGAGAUCAAGGAGGUGGUGGAGAGAGCACCGCUCGCGCACCUGCCAGGGAUGGGAAUUCCGAAUAGCGCAUGA